AAAUGAAAUUUUCGCUCCUGGAGAUAAUUCUAGUAAAUUAUACGAUGUAUCAUUUGUGAAAGCAGCCAUAAAAACUUGUCCGAAAGAAUUUGCUGAGUCAUUGUAUGAAAGGAAAAUGAUUCCAUUGAAUUUACGAGUCAAAAUAUUGGAAGAAAUUUCAAAUGGUAAAAAACCGUCUCGAAGUAAUCUUACGAAGAUUUAUAAUGAUAUGACCAAAUACAAUUUCCAUCUCCAUAUGGUUGCCCAAAGAGUCAUUGAUGCAGAGUUAACGAAACACCUGAUUGUGCUCUUUGACUGUAAACCAUUAAAAAUUGAACUUACUAAGCUCCCUUUACAUAAUGAAGAAAGUAUGCAAAAAAUUAUAAAUAUACCUGAGUCACGUGUACUUAGUCAUAUACAGAGUAAAUUGCAAACCCAAAAAAAAAUUCGAGAAAUCACAAGUUCCAAGGAACAGCAGCCAGCAGCACUCAAUUUAGUACAUAUUGAACCAGAUGAAUUUGCAACUGUGAAUGUGAAUAAACUUGUAGACAUUGUUCAGGACAAAGAAACGCCAGAGAUUAAUUUGGAAAUUUCUUAUCCUCAAACUGUAGACUUGCAAAAAACCAAAGACGAAUCUUUAAAUAAUUUACACAAAUCGCCGACGUUUCAAUGAAAUGAAUUUGUAACUGUGAAUGUGAAUAAACUUGUAGACAUUGUUCCGGACAAAGAAACGCCAGAGAUUAAUUCGGAAAUUUCUUAUCCUCAAACUGUAGACUUGCAAAAAACCAAAGACGAAUCUUUAAAUAAUUUACGCAAAUCGCCGACGUUUCAACGAAAUGAAUUUGCAACUGUGAAUGUGAAUAAACUUGUAGACAUUGUUCAGGACAAAGAAACGCCAGAGAUUAAUUCGGAAAUUUCUUAUCCUCAAACUGUAGACUUGCAAAAAACCAAAGACGAAUCUUUAAAUAAUUUACACAAAUCGCUGACGUUUCAACGAAAUGAAUUUGUAACUGUGAAUGUGAAUAAACUUGUAGACAUUGUUCAGGACAAAGAAACGCUAGAGAUUAAUUCGGAAAUUUCUUAUCCUCACACUGUAGACUUGCAAAAAACCAAAGACGAAUCUUUAAAUAAUUUACGCAAAUCGCCGACGUUUCAACGAAAUGAAUUUGCAACUGUGAAUGUGAAUAAACUUGUAGACAUUGUUCAGGACAAAGAAACGCCAGAGAUUAAUUCGGAAAUUUCUUAUCCUCAAACUGUAGACUUGCAAAAAACCAAAGACGAA